CGUAGUACCAUAGGGGGCAGUAAGAGGCAGGUUAUAAAUGCACAUGAGCUCAUGUUCUCCAGCGUGUGUGCGGCUUGUUGGAGCAGUCGGGGAAGAAGCACCAUGACAGCAAUGGGCAGGACCGAGCCUUGAACAGAACUCCUCACAUCAUGGGCAAUCCGCAUUCCCUCUGUUUGCAUGGAGACGUGCGUAAAAUACGCGCCGCUUAUUACGCAUCGCGUAAAUGAAGAUGUCUCACAGAUUAAAUAUCACUACAAGACAAAAUAGUGGAAGAGAAAUCUUGCACACUUCCACGUGUGGAUGUGAAAGUUUUCAUUCAGCUGACAGAAUUUCACAAGGCUUCCAGUGAGACUUUUACCCCCGAGUGGCUAAAAUGGACCCAAUAUUUGAAGGCGCGGACGAAGGCAACUGGACCACCAGCAGCAACGACACCAACAACGGGACCAUGUACUGGAACCAAUUUGUCCAGCCAGCCUGGAAAAUAUUCCUGUGGGCCAUCGCCUACUGCUGUAUCGUCAUCGUGUCCGUUGUUGGUAAUGUGACAGUGAUUUGGAUCAUUGUGGCGCACAAACGCAUGAGGACGGUCACCAACUAUUUCCUGCUCAACUUGGCGUUCGCCGAAGCCUCCAUGUCCGCCUUCAACACUGUCUUCAACUUCAUCUACGCCGUGCACAACGAGUGGUACUUCGGACUAGUCUACUGCCGCUUUCACAACUUCUUUCCUAUCGCGGCCGUGUUUGCCAGUAUCUACUCCAUGACCGCCAUCGCCCUGGACAGGUACAUGGCCAUCAUCCACCCGUUGCAGCAGCGCAUGUCAUCCACAGAGACCAAGGUCGUGGUAGGAGUGAUCUGGGUCUUGGCUCUGCUCUUGGCCUUCCCACAGUACUACUACUCCAACGUAGACCAGCUUCCCGGCCGUGUGGUGUGCUACAUUGACUGGCCUGAAUACACAAUAUGUGACUUCAAAAAAAUGUAUUAUGUGUGCGUGGUCAUCCUGAUCUACUUCCUUCCUCUAUUGGUGAUGGGUUGUGCUUAUCUAGUGGUGGGACUGACCCUCUGGGCCAGUGAAAUCCCAGGAGACUCUUCUGAUCGUUACAAGGAGCAGCUUACUGCCAAACGCAAGGUGGUGAAGAUGAUGAUUGUGGUGGUGUGUACGUUUGCUAUCUGCUGGCUGCCCUACCACGUCUACUUCUUGGUGCACCAGUUUUUUCCUGAUAUGUUUGAGGAAACAUUCAUCCAGCAGGUCUAUUUGGCUAUCAUGUGGUUGGCCAUGAGUUCCACCAUGUACAACCCCAUCAUCUACUGCUGCCUCAAUGACAGGUUCCGCGCAGGUUUUAAACAAGCGUUCCGCUGCUGCCCUUGUGUCCCUCAAAGCUCCUAUGAAGGCCUGGAAAUGAAGUCUACUCGCUACUUUCAAACUCAGACGAGCAUUUUCAAAGCAAGCCGUAUGGAGACCACUGUGUCUACUGUUGUCCAGGCGGGGGCUGAAACAGAGCAGUCUAAGGCCAAAGUGACAGUCGGUCCUGGCCCUGUUGAAUCACUCAUUGGGGCAGAACCACGAAGCUGUUCACUGGACCUCACUUCAAAUGGUUCUUCGUCCCGGAGUGCCUCCAAAACUGUAUCUGAGGCAUCGAGUUUCUUCUCGCAUAACAACCUCCAAGAGCAGACAUUAAACUCAAGCAGCUUUUUCUCAGAUAGCCAGGAGAGAAUGUGAGACAGUAGCUCGAAAGAACUUGUGCUCACCUGAAUGUGCAAGUGACUGCGAACGAUUGGUUUUGCACAAGUUCUUUGUAUUUUCACUGGAACAUUAGUUGCAUCUAAGAAUGCUUGUCCACUGAGCAUGGUCUUUCCUAAUUCAAGAAUUUUCUUGCUGUGACUCGUGCUACUCGCCGCUGCAGUUUGUUGCCAAAAAGGAAUGAUGAGCACAAUAUGAUUGCAUUCGAUUUUGAAAACUGUACACUGAAGCAGAUUGUUUUGGUUUUUCACAGCUUCCGCUCGGCACGCCGGCCAUGUCUCAUUUUGCAAGGAAAGUUCACACAUUCUCCCCCCGCUAGCUUUCUGACUUCACAAGGUCUAUUUUGGCAUUGCGGUAAAAAAAUGAGACCAGGAUGCUGUAAAUACACGCCGUUGUCUGCAAGGCAGUUAAGCUGGAGGAACUUUUUCGGUGAGGAAAGUGCAUUUUCCUAUUCGAACUUGCCGAUCAAGUCGCCACUCUCUCCCCAAGCAGGAUUUUCUCAACUCUCGCAUGUGAAGAAUGAGUACUCGUCUUGGGGUCAAGGAACCUGUAACAGGUGCUGCUGAAUAUUCUGCCACUUCCCUGAUGCGCCGUCAUGACUCAUCUUUAAGCAUCUCAACAAUGAUUUGAAACAUCUGCUUCCUUCUUCUCAUCAUCGAGAAGCUCCCCAGACUGUGAAUGAGCCGUGGCAAACGUUGAGCGGAGACAACAAACACAAAACAAGAGCUUACGUUUUGAAAUCGUGUGGGGCGGACUGAUCGCUGGAGGGAAGCUCCAACGUUUGAUUUCAUACAGGAAGCAGAUUUCAGCUUUCUACAACUGUGAGAGAAAUGAUGCAUUUCCCAUUCGAUUCCUGACUUUCGCUGCGACCUCUGUCAGACCACUGACUUAUAUCUGAAUGGACUAAGAAUUGGUCCCUCACCACAGGUGACAAACCCCGCCACAGUUUGGCUUCAGUCACAAAUGCUUCUUCUCAACCGGCGGGUUAGUGAAGGGAACUUGUUUACGUGCCAGUGGAGUAGAAGCACCUUUGGCUAAAGACAGUUUUUAAUUUCUGGAUCCUGGAUUUUCCACCUCUGCCCCCUUGACUGAUUUUCUGUUGCCUCUGUUACUGACAAUUUCUGUCUGGUUUUGGCUGAAAACAAUGUUAUUGGUGUGUGUGUUUUAAGCUAGCAUCCCUGUAUGGAGUACUAAGGGCCUCUCAAAGGACAAAUCUCACUGUUUGCAUUGAUCCAUUCAGCGUAUUUUCUCUCAAUAUUGUGUAUCGUCAUUUACAGGGGUUAUUUUUACAUUUCUCUGUGAAUUUUGUCCGAAUUGGCUUUGCUUUCGUUUCAUCAUUGAUUGUUCUGACAGCAUGAUGGCGACGAAUCUUUGAGUAGCACUCUGAGAUUUAAAUAUAUACCUUAUAAGAGAAAAUUUAUAAUCACAUUCUUACUGAUGAAAUGUGCAUGUCGCGCUUUUCACCGAUUAGUAUAACCAUGUUCUGUGGCAUUUUCACGGCAGAGACAGAAAAUAACGUGAAAACGCCACAGAGAAAUCAAUACAUUCAAGUAUGCCGUGCAAAGAGAGUGACAAUGUAAGAUGGUCGCCACUGGCUUCACUUCAAGCGACAGCAAGCAGACGGUUUUGUUUAUCAAUUCGUAAACUAAACCUGGAAAAAAAAAUUGGUCGUAGACAUGAUCGAGCUAAUUUCUUUUUCAACUUCCUCACCUGUUCUUUAUCUUUUUGUGUGCAUGCCCAUACACUUUCCCAAAGGUAUCAGUCAUGAUAAAAGAGGGAAGUCCUGUG